GAACUGGUCUCCUUCUGCUGUGCCGCGCCCGUCUGACGGAGCUGUUGCUGCCGCCCCGCUCCCACCCCGCCGCGUCCCGCCAUGGCUAAUCCUGUCGUCUUCUUCGACAUCGCCGCCAGCGGCGAGCCCCUGGGCCGCGUAACCUUUGAGCUGUUUGCAGACAAGGUCCCCAAGACAGCAGAAAACUUCCGUGCCUUAAGCACCGGUGAAAAGGGAUUUGGCUACAAGGGGUCCUGCUUCCACAGAAUCAUCCCUGGGUUCAUGUGCCAGGGCGGCGAUUUCACGCGCCACAACGGCACUGGCGGCAAAUCCAUCUAUGGGGAGAAGUUCCCUGAUGAGAACUUCAUCCUGAAGCACACGGGCCCUGGCAUCCUGUCCAUGGCCAACGCUGGCCCCAACACAAAUGGCUCCCAGUUCUUCAUCUGCACCGCCAAAACCGAAUGGUUGGAUGGCAAGCACGUUGUCUUUGGCCGCGUCAAGGAGGGGAUGAAUGUGGUGGAGGCCAUGGAGCGCUGCGGCUCCAAAGACGGCAAAACGAGCAAGAAAAUCACCAUCACCGACUGCGGGCAGCUCUCCUGAACCCUCCUCGGCCCCGCUGACCGCUCCUUGGCAGCCCGGGCAGAGUGCCGGCUGCAGCUCACCCCGUCCCGCCCCAUCCUGACCUACUGCUGCGCUUCUGCUGGGCCUCAGUCCCACGGGCACGGCCUGGCCAGGCUGCAGUUACCUUGAUGAGUGAAUAAAACGAGUUAAACCACA